AUGGAAGGCAAGGCUAGGCUUCAUCGGAUCCUCAACUCCGAGUCAGGACCCGCCAUGACUUUCCCGGAACCGGCAAGGAAUUCUCGACUACUUGCGGCAGCGCUUUCAAAUCACUUUCUUGUCUUCAGUACAGAGGGCCUUGGAAGGCAGUUACUGAGUGAACUUAACUGCCAGUCCAACUACUUGGUCUUCUUCUCGCUGGAAGAAUGGUGUGUGGUGAGCGAAUAUCGGCAUACAACUGCCAUACGACAGCUUUGCCCCGAUCAGGAGGGACUGCGGGUCGCCAUUUUUGACGAAAGGGCUCAAACAUGGGUUUAUAGUCCUGUGGACGACUCUAUGCACAAGUUACCGGCUGUCGGUUCUGCUAUACAUUACAAAGCGGCACUGUGGGAAACAUUCACUAUCGACCGAGACACAUUUGUUGUCUACGACAACUCCAACAUCUACGUCUACUUGCUGAAUCGAAGCCCUAUAGAAGAUGAGUCCGUAAUUUACGUUGGCAGUACCAAGCUCCCUUAUGCUCACGCACCGCUUAUGCUUAGCAAGGGCAUCGUGCACUGCCUCACAUCAUCAGGCAAAACUAGUGGAGUCCUACUCGAUAGCCACAGAACUGACACCGUACUGGAAGGGAAGUCUCAGGCUGUGGUAAGCACUAAUUCAUUUCUAGCUGUUGUUCGAGGAACUUCUAGGUGA